AUGUUCGAAUCGGCCGCUACGACCUUUGCGUCGAUUGCUGUUCUGGGGCUCGCUGGAUAUUCGUAUCAUAAAUACUACAAGCAUCUCGUACUCAAGAAGAUGGAUAAAGCUUUCCAACCGGGUGAUCCAGCACUCACAAUGGCAGGAGUCGAGGGCUCAGAUGUCAAUGACCCCGAUGACCAGGCAGACCACUGGAUCGUGCGCGAUGAGCAAUCCAGGAUCGAUGGCAUUGUCUCUGGCAAAGAGGGCGGACGCUAUUAUCUCAUGAUCGGCGAGAAAGGAACCGGGAAGGCGUCCAUGCUGCUGGAAGCAAUGCGCAAGGUCAACGGGGAUGGGAUUGCCGUGGUCGAGGCACAUGCUGAUCUGGAGAUCUUCCGGAUACGUCUGGGUAAAGCACUGGAUUUCGAGUUCCAUGAAGAUUACAUUGGCAGUCUUUUCAGCAUUCGAGGCCCGCGUGACACGACUCCGCUCCUUGAUAUAGAGCGGGCCUUUAAUAAACUGGAGAAGGUCGCUAUUGCACGAAGAGAAAAAGGCCACAACCCUCUCGUUCUGAUCGUCAACAGCACCCAUCUAGUGAGAGAUGACGAUGACGGUCGUGACUUACUCGAGAUGAUCCAACAGAGGGCUGAGCAAUGGGCCGCCAGUAACCUUGUGACGAUAGUUCUGAACAGUGAUGACUACUGGGUAUACGAACGACUAAAGCGAUACGCGACCAGAAUGGAGGUGAUUCCGGUGCCAGAUCUCAACAAAACUCAGGCCAUGGCUGCGCUGAAGCAGUAUCGGCGGAAGUACUUUGGGGAGGAUCUCUCGUCCGAGAUCCUCGAGCAGGUCUAUGACCACGUCGGCGGUCGUCUUUCCUUUCUGAGCCGGGUCGCAAAGGCCGAUGAUAUGAUCAAAAUGUGUCACACCAUCUGUGCUGCGGAAAAGACAUGGUUCCUGAACAAAUGCUGGAUCUUGGGAGAGGAAAUGGACGAUGAUGUGAUGGAUGAGCAGAAAUACUCGUCUGCAGCCAUGGUCCUCGCGCAAGCUCUCGUGGAACGGGAGAAAGAGAUGAAGCAAACAUAUGACCCCGAAAGGGGCUAUAUCCUCCCAGAAAUCCCCCUCCACGAAGCACGACAGAUUAUGACCAGAGCCGAUUUCAUUCAAAGCUACGACCAUGAUAACAUCUUCACCAUCGACUCCCGCGCGAUGGUGCGGGCUGACUCCGUUCCCAUGCAAAAUGCCUUUCGAGAAAUCUGUUCGCGCCCCGGUUUUGCGGAGCACCUCGAGGCCACCCUUGAUCGUAUCAGCGCUAUUGAAAGCUUGGGCAGAACUCGUGAACUCACCAUUAAAGACCUGUGGGAUCAGGGCAAGUACAGAAUCGUCGUUCGCGAUACCAAGGGCAGGGAAAGCGGAACAGUGGAGUUCUCCGUGGCCGAGAAAGAGGAGAAAGAUGAUCCCACAAUGCCGAGCCGCAAGACCACCGUCUCGAACCUGACCAAAACGAGUCGCAAACCCAGCAAAAAUGAACCCACCCCGCAGUCGCACGCAAAGGGAAUUCCUGCACCGGCACGAUUUGUAUUGGUGGUGCUUAGCAGCCUGAUUCUGAGUUCGGCUCUCUUCACGGUGACCUCUAUCGUCACCAUUGGUGAUCUGGGAUUUGUUAGCAAACAUCUAGAGAAAUGGUGGGAAGUGGGAGGAUUGAUCGCCUGGCGGGCCGUUGAGCUGGGAUUAGCAUGGAUGCUGGGAUUCGAUGGCCGGGACGUGGCUUUCUUCACUCUAAUCACCCAUUUGCCGACUUUCUCAUUGCUGUCGUCCUUCUACGGCGUCCGACCAACGACCACUCUCGCCUCCUUGGCCAUUACUCUGAUCUCGAACACGGUCCCCUUCAUGCUUUUGCGCGGCACCAGAUGGGUGCAUAACCUGACCAAUGCCCCGGUGCACGCUGUCAACAACCGCUCGAUCCUUCAGGACAUUCCGACCGCGAUCUACACCUCCGUUGCGGCGUCCGCUAUCUACGCAGUGUUUUUAUACAUCAGCUUCUCGACAUGGCUCCCAGCUUUCCUGGUCGUGCACUUUGAGGAUAUCCCCGACAUUCGCACCGCCCACGCUGGCCCUGCCGGUCUGCCCGUGCUGUUCUUGACUCUAAUUCCGCUGGGCUAUGCUGCGCGCGAUUUCCUCUUCGUUAGUUCUACCGGAUGGACAGAUGCGCCCGAUGCGACCAAAGCAGAUGCCGUUGUUGAGGGGGAGUUCCUCAUCAGUCAAUUGUACCGCAAGACGUGGGGUUCAUUCUUCCCCAAGACGAAGAUUCUGGUGUCGCGUACGUCACUCCUGGCAGCCGUCGUGCUUGUGAACACGAUCGUUCAGGUUGCAGGCACGGUCAAGGGCGUGGAUGUCGAAGGUGCGGCAGGCUGGGGUGCGAUCUGGGCCACGGCCACUGUGGUUAUCGGUGUGACCUUUGGAUGGAUUGAGGGGGUGGACGGUGUAUGA